GCAUGGUAUAAAUGUGACCUAAGCAUUUUCUUGUCUCCAAUGUGAGAUGAUAUGGGACGUGGAGCUUGAACGAUCUGCUGAAGAAUGGGCAUCUACUUGCUUGUGGGAACAUGGUCCAGCAAAUUUGCUUCCAUCCAUUGGACAGAACCUAGGGGCUCACUGGGGGAGAUAUAGGCCUCCAACCUACCAUGUCCAGGCUUGGUAUGACGAAGUGAGAGAUUACACAUUUCCAUAUCCACAAGAAUGUAACCCCUACUGCCCAUUCAGGUGUUCAGGACCUGUUUGCACUCACUAUACACAGGUGGUUUGGGCAACGAGUAACCGAAUUGGAUGUGCCAUAAACCUGUGUCACAACAUGAACAUUUGGGGGCAAAUCUGGGCGAAGGCAAUAUAUUUAGUGUGCAAUUAUUCUCCAAAGGGAAACUGGUGGGGACAUGCUCCAUAUAAACAUGGCCGUUCUUGCUCUGCUUGCCCACCUAGCUAUGGAGGAGGAUGCAGAGACAAUCUUUGUUACAAAGAAGGUUCAGAAUUUCACUAUCCUAUACCUGAACCGGAGGAAGAGACAAAUGAAAUUGAGAGACAGCGAUCAAAAGCUAUUGAUACCACCUCACAGACCAGACCUGAUGCUUAUGACAGCAAUGAAGUGGUCAGCACAGAGCAAAUGUCUCAAAUUGUGUCUUGUGAGGUACGGCUGAGGGACCAGUGUAAAGGGACAACGUGCAACAGAUAUGAAUGUUCAGCUGGCUGUUUGGAGAGCACAGCCAAAGUAAUAGGAAGUGUUCAUUAUGAGAUGCAAUCAAGUAUUUGCAGAGCAGCUAUACAUGCUGGGGCAAUAGACAAUGAUGGAGGAUGGGUGGAUGUCACAAGACAAGGAAGAAGAAAUUAUUUCAUCAAAUCCUAUAGGAAUGGGAUCCAGUCAAUUGGCAAAUAUCAGUCUGCAAACUCAUUCACAGUUUCCAAAGUAGCCUUUCAGGCUGUGACAUGUGAAACAACCACAGAACAAAUGUGCCCUUUUCAGUCUCCAGCAUCACAUUGUCCCAGAGUGUACUGUCCACGUAAUUGUGCUCAAGCAAGUCCACAUUAUGCUCGAGUCUUUGGAACCCGGAUUUAUUCUGAUAUAUCUAGCAUCUGCAAAGCAGCUCUACAUGCUGGGGUGGUCCGCAAUCAUCAAGGGGGCUAUGUGGAUGUUAUGCCAAUUGAUAAGAAGAGACACUACUUUGGAUCAACCCAGAAUGGGAUCACUUCAGAGAGGUAA